AUAGCUUCCUUCUGUUGAUUUCUCCUGCAGUACAUUUUCAAGCGGCAGGAGUACAACAAACCCUUCUUCAGCACAUUCACCAAGACCUCCAUGUUUGUUCUCUAUCUGCUGGGUUUCCUGCUGUGGCGGCCCUGGAGGCAGCAGUGCACCGGCACUCUGAAACAGCGGCACUCCGCCUUCUUUGCUGAUGCCGAGGCCUACUUUGCACCCUGCACCACUGACAGCACUGGGAGCAACUGUUUGAGUGAACCUCUGUAUGUUCCAGUGAAGUUCCAGGACGUUCCUGUUGACCAAUCAAACUGUUUGAUGGGAGACUGCCAAUCUGCAGCUUCCAAAAAGCAGCGUGUGCGGUUCAGCAACAUCAUGGAGGUGCGUCAGCUGCCCUCCACUCAGGCCCUGGAGGCCAAACUGUCCCGCAUGUCCUACCCGGCGGCCAAGGACCACGAGGCCAUGCUGCGCACCGUGGGCAAGCUAACCAUCACCGAUGUGGCCCAGAUCAGCUUCUUCUUCUGCUUUGUGUGGUUCCUGGCCAACUUGUCCUAUCAGGAAGCCCUCUCCGACACGCAGGUGGCCAUCGUCAACAUCCUCUCGUCCACCUCAGGCCUGUUCACGCUCAUCUUGGCAGCCAUUUUCCCCAGCAACAGCAGCGACCGCUUCACCUUGUCCAAACUGUUAGUUGUGGCUCUGAGCAUGGGCGGUGUUACCCUUGUGAGUUUCUCCAUCAUGGACAGCCCGGAUGACAAAGGCGUCAUAGGUUCUCUGUGGUCCCUGGCGGGGGCGGUGCUGUACGCGGUCUACAUCGUGAUGAUCAAGAGACGAGUGGACCGGGAGGACAAGCUCGACAUCCCCAUGUUCUUUGGGUUUGUGGGUCUGUUUAACCUGCUGCUGCUGUGGCCCGGCUUCCUCCUGCUCCACUACACGGGCUUUGAGGCCUUCGAGCUUCCCAGCCAGCUGGUGUGGACCUACAUCCUCGUCAACGGCCUCAUCGGGACGGUUCUCUCAGAGUUCCUCUGGCUGUGGGGCUGUUUCCUCACGUCGUCUCUGAUCGGGACUCUGGCGUUGAGCCUCACCAUCCCGCUCUCUAUCAUGGCAGAUAUUUGCAUGCACAAGGUAGGUUUCCCACUACAGGUACUCCACAACCAGUGUAGGACUUUAAAGUAAGAUU